GGGACGGGCCGUUCAAGUUUGUUAUUUGGGUUCGGAGGACCGGCAGAUGCGGAGGUGCUCGACUGUGCGCGGCUGUCGCUCUCCGAGGAAUCCGCCGUCGGAAGUCCAUGAUGCCGUCCCGUCGGGCGGUCGUUGACGAUCACCUCAUCCUGCCGGUCAGGCCGCCGUCCGCCAAGCGAUGCCCCGUCUGCAAGGCGUUCGGAUCAGAACGGAUGCAGCAUGCCAGCCAGUGUCCCCUGGAGCCUGUGUACUGCGAGAACAAGUGCGGGGCCAAGGUGUCCCGCAGGCUCCUGCAGGAGCACCGCGCCAAUGACUGCGCCAAGCGGCUUGUGCCCUGCCCUUACUGCCGCAAGGAGUUUGUCUUCGAUACGCUUAAGAAUCACAUCCCCAAGUGUCCUCGCUACCUGGUCCAGUGCCACCAGUGCGAGACUGCCAAGAUCCCCAGGGAGGAUCUGGAGCACCACCUCAAGGACCACUGUCCGGCAGCCGCCGUGGGAUGCGUCUUCAAGGACCUUGGCUGCAAGUUCAAGGUCAGGGGAACGCCCCUCCUUCUGACCGCCGACCAAUCCUGGGGCUCCCAGUUUGCCUUAGACCAACACCUUGACGAGAGCAGCAAGAACCACCUGAGCCUCCUGUGCGGCCUGGUCUCCAGGCAGCAGCAGCAGAUCUCUGCCCUGCGCAGCGCCCUCCACGGCCUUGCGGCCAACACCACAGGCACCCUGCUGUGGAAGAUCUCGGACUACAGCAACAAGAUGGCCGACGCCAAGGCCCAGGACGGGGGCCUCGAGAUCUGCAGCCCGCCCUUCAGCACCAGCCCUUACGGCUACCGCCUCAUGGCCACCCUCUUCCUCAACGGAAACGGGUCGGGGGAGUCCAGUCACCUCUCCGUCUACAUCAAGCUCCUGCCCGGAGAGUAUGACUCGCUGCUGCCGUGGCCCUUCUCGCACACAGUGUCCUUCACGCUACUCGACCAGCCGUCCGUCCCGGAGAAGGCGUGCAACAUCGUGGAGAGCUUUGUGCCCGACCCGACCUGGAAGAACUUCCAGCGGCCCAGCCGCGAGCCCGACACCCUCGGGUUCGGCUUCCCGCGGUUCGUGUCGCACGAGAUGCUCAAGAAGUGCCACUACGUGCGGGACAACACGCUCUUCAUCAAGGUCACCGUGGACGAGAGCAAGAUCAUUGCAGUCUGAAGUUACGUGAACCGUUCGCUGCAGGUGUGAAGGGCGGUCUGCUGUUUCGCGGGUCGCUUGGCGAAUGUGGAUGUGCCGGCGAUCGGGCGGUGGGGCUUGUCCACACCCAUUGUAGGGUGUUACCAUUUGCAAGCUUACUUGUCUCGGUUACGCCGUUUUAGGAACUCCGGGGAUGGUGCCCAUUGCAAGCUUCACUUCUGAACCUGUUGCACAAGGGAUGUGCUGGCACUGAAGCCCCACAAACGUUUUUCACAGAGCGACCGCGAAAAGAACAGCUUACUUUGUAGGUAGAGCAGUUUAAAGCGUGAAGACGACAGUACAAGUAUCUUAUGAGAACAGUGGAAGGAGUCCAACAUGGUAAUACAUGUUGCAAAGUGUCAUUUAAGAUUUCUUGAAUAACUUGUGUUGGUGUACCUUGUAGGCUGGUCUUGUUACGCAUUUUAGAGCAGAUCCAGAGGCAAUAUUUUGGCUGCGGUAGACCGGAUCGUUGGCAACCAAUGACACUGGUGAGAUAUAAUUAGAGGUGUUCCGGGACUGUAGCCGGACAAUAUUAACACAAAUAGAAGAACCUCUCAGGAAUAAUGCACUCGCACCGAAAAAAAUGUUUUUAAUUAAUGACUGAAUUCUGGAUAAUGCUCUUCGAGAGUGACUCUGGGUUUAUCAGGGAAUUUAUGAAGAUCCCAGUUUCACAUUCUGGAUUCAAAGGAUCCAGCAGGGCUUGAGACUCCAUGCCCAAAACAGCAAUGUCCACUCAGUACAACUUUUUAAUGUUGUACAAAAUGUUUAGAUCAUCGGAAGUGCUUAGAGAAAGAGACUGCUCUGCACUUCUGUUACUCUGUCAGCAUUGUAUUCAGAUCAUUAAGCAUUAGUUAAUCGCAGCAGGUGUGUACAUGUUUUAGUCAUGUUGAGUCAGUGUUUUGCCCACAUUCGUUUCAUAUGCCAUUGAGUUUCAUCUGGCUGAGGGCAACAGCUUGCAGAGUCUCCUAAUUUUAUAAAAUAUCAAACUUUCAUUCAAAGUAACCUGAUCAUUAAUACAAGUUGUCAGUUCGCAAGCCCUAAGCUCAUUGCAACAUUUCUGAAACAGAUGUCUGGCUCACAAUCACAGCACUCUCUCGGCAUUAAUCAAAUUUUGCACUUUAUUGUACAAGAUGCAAAUGAUAUAUCAAACAUAAAAUACAUAAAGCUGUGCUUCUUCCUCUGUCUUUUGAGCAUAACAUACUCUCACGAUGCCAAAGUGCCCAUAACACUUCUAUUUAUAUUUUAAGUCAUAGAGAGCGCUCCCACUGAGAUUGCUUUACCUCCUUUACUUUUCAUUACGAGAGGAUGAUAUAUCUUCUAAUAUAAUGCUUUAAUGCUUUUAUGCAUUGUAAAUAGUAUUCGUCACCAAUUCCCUGAUGACAUCCAUCAUUUUGCUGCUACUAGUCACAAGUCAUAAACGUGGAGUCUUCCUUUUACCUACGAUACUAGUACGUACAGUGUGUUUUGACGUGUACGCUCAUUUCAGCCACAAUAAAGGUGCUGCAUUUUCAA